CAAGCACUAGCAGGAGUUCUUCAGGGGACCUAGAUCGAUUUCUCUCUCUCUCUCUCUCUCUCUCUAACCGGCGGAGACGAUGGAAGCAGCGGCAACGCUCUGCAGAAUACAAACCCCCAGAAUCACUCAGGAUUACUUCGCCAGGAGGAAUCCACUUCACAGGAAAUGCUCACUUCCGUUGGCUGCUCCGAUUGCUGCGCAAGGGCUACCGCUUCUCACCCGCCGUUGGCCUCAAACGUCGUGCUCCAACAUUAAUCGUGUAGAUUUCAGCACCAAAAUCGGCAAUAAAGCUGAGAAAAAUCUGCUCAAGUGCGAGGCGGCAGAGCUAACAAUCGCCCCCACGGAAGACGCCGCCGGAAUGGAAAGCAGCCAGGUCGGGAAGGAAUCUGUGAAGGUUCGAGAAGAGGAGGAACUUUCUCGAGCAACUUUGAUCUGGCGAGCAGCCAAACUGCCUAUGUAUACCGUCGCUUUGAUUCCCGUAACUGUGGCGAGCGCCGCCGCGUAUUACCAAACCGGCGUGUUUUCCUUAGGCCGAUACUUGACAAUCCUGGCAUGCUACGUGAUCAUAAACGUUUGGGUUAAUCUAAGCAAUGAUGUCUACGAUUUCGACACCGGAGCCGAUAAGGAUAAGAAAGAGUCAGUUGUCAAUCUAUUCGGCAGCCGCAACGGCAUCAAUUUCAUAGCCUGGUCGCUGCUAGCUCUCGGUUUCUCGGGGCUUACCAUGAUAGCUGCACAAACCGGAAGCCUUCGACCCAUGGUAUUUAUCGCAGCCGCAGUAUUCGGCUUCUAUCUUUAUCAGUGUCCACCUUUUAGACUAAGCUACUAUGGAGUGGGAGAGCCUUUACUCUUUCUAGCAUACGGCCCGUUUUCGACUCUCGGCUUCUACUUGCUCAACAGCAUCAAAAACGAGUUGCCAAUCUCCGGCACUGUCCUCUGGUCAUCGAUUCUGAUUGGUCUCACCACAUCCUUGAUCCUCUUCUGCAGCCAUUUCCAUCAGAUAAAAGGCGAUAGAGCUGCCGGGAAAAUAUCUCCCCUGGUGAGGCUGGGUACUGAAAGGGGCUCCCAUGUCGUGAAAUGGUCCAUUCUUGGGCUCUACACGUUCGUGCUCAUCCUCGGAAUGACCAACACUCUCCCAUUCGCCAGCGUCCUUUUGUGCGCAUUGACACUACCCAUGGGAGGUUUGGUCGUUAACUUUGUUCAAAAGAACCACAGGGACAACUCGAAGAUCUUUAUGGGAAAAUACUUGUGCGUGAGGCUGCACACCAUUUUCGGGGCAGCUUUGGCUGCCGGCCUCGUGGCGGCUCGAUCGAUGGCGAAACAAGUCCCCCUGCAGGCUGUUGUUGGCCUCUAAGGGAGGGGAGGGGAGGGGAGGGGAGGGAUCUCUGUUUUGGUUCUCUUAUUCUCUCAUCCAUCAGAAUUCAUUCAGAUGUACAUUUUUUUGUUUACUAAUUAAUAAUACUAAUAACUUUGGGUUUGGGGGCUGAAGAUUAAGAUCAGAGAUGAAUGAUUGACGAUGGAGGGAGUUAUGGGAAGAGAUCAAGAAAUGAGAACAGAUUUGAAUAUGGUUUGGUUGUCCUGACUGACUGACAGAGAGACAUAUUAUAACUAAGGACAAUUCAAUGCUAUAUCU